UUUAAGCAGUUUCGCCUGGCCUUGGAUAUGCUGGGACGAAUUCCAAUCUGUGACACAAAGAGGAAGUCGAUUGCUAGCUGUCAAUGUCCACAUUUUGGUUAAAUUGAAAGAGAAACUGAACGACUUUGACGAUAGCUCAUUUACCUGUCGUAUAAUGUCAACUGUAUCUGAAGAGCCAGUGAGCUCUAUUGACAAAUAUAAGAAUGCAGAAGGCGGCUGGAGCCUGCGUCAUGUGAAGGGGGACCUGUUCUCCUGUCCUGAAGAUGAGGUCCUGGCCCACUGUAUCAGCGAGGACUGUCGCAUGGGGGCUGGCAUCGCUGUCAAAUUCAAGAAACAAUUUAGUGGAGUAGAUGAGCUGAAGAAACAGAAGAAGGUGCCAGGGCAAUGUGCUGUCCUGAAAAGAAACAAGCGUUUUGUGUACUACCUGAUUACAAAGGAAAAAUACAGCCACAAACCUACCUAUGACAACCUACGGCAGAGCCUCGAUGACAUGAAGUCUCAUUGCUUACAAAAUGGAGUAACUGGAAUAUCAAUGCCUCGCAUCGGCUGUGGCCUUGAUCGACUGAGUUGGGAUAAAGUGGAGAAGAUGCUUGAGCAGGUAUUCCAGUCUACAGAUAUAAGUAUCACUGUGUAUACUCUCUCCGUAAAACCCACAGGGAAACCAAGUUUCCAUUGAUGUUUUCUGUAAACCAAAGUAAAUCAUGUUUCAGGGACAUUUGUUAUGGUUAUAUUCUCUAUCACCUUUUGUCAUAGGCUCCAAGCCUGUGUUUUUCAACUCUUAUGACAAUGGGUUUUGUAUGAAAUAAAACUUGGACCAUAUUGUGUUGAUUGACACAGCGUGUAUAUUUCAUUGCCAAGUUUACUCAGCAUAUGGAUAUGCACCUGUCCACAGUUUGGUGAAAUGUUUACUUUCAAAAUAUAGCACUUUACUUUAAGAAUCAUAUCCUUUACCGCCUAAUCUUUAAUUUACCCCUGUGUUUGAUGUUUCUCUGAAAUUACAAGUGCAUAUUGUCAUGUUAAUUCUAACCCUUCAGUAGAGUUAUUCUCCACCAGAUGGGGGCACCAAUUAUAGUUUUCUCCACAUGGCUUCUGUGGUGUGAUCUAUACAGAUUUGUCAUAUGCUGUAAAUACCCUGUAAUGUACAAGUACCUUACAUGAGCAUAACUUAUGAAAACUAGAUUGUUAUUUUGCAGUAAUAAAAUCAAAUGUGUUGUAUA